AUGCCUCGACAUAGAGGUCAAGUCAACUUUCCAUUGGACUCCUCCACCUCCUCUACACUCGUCUCCGCGCCUACGUCUCCCAUUCAGUCCAAUUUGCCUAGCGUAGAACCCGUCCCCUUUCCUUCAACAUCGAUUGGCGAGGAUGAAGAGCGCCUUGAUCCGCCCCUCAGUCGUUUUCCGGCACUCGGAUUGAUCCUAUCUUUCACCACCAAGUUUGAUUAUUUUCUCCUGCUGAUACCAGGUGUUAUCAGCUCCAUAAUAUCUGGUCUCUUGCCAUCCUAUAUGACCAUUCUACUUGGAGAAGCUUUCGAGGCCUUUACGCUUUACACGCUAUCUAGUGGCGAGCUUGAUUCUUCAUCUGCAAAACACACUCUCCGUUCUUCCAUUGGUUCAGUGUCCCUUCGACUACUACUCAUCGGCGUCGGAAGCUGUUUACUAAGCUUGCUCAAUCACGCAUUGUGGUCAAUCUAUGCUGCACGCGUCUGCGAGCAACUUCAAACCGCACUCUACAAUUCCCUCUCAUCACGACCUCUUAGCUGGUUUGACAAUGGAAUGCGCACCUCGCAACAUCGCCUACUCCAUUCGCCUCCACCCAAUGACGCCUUAUCCUCUCGCGUUGGCCUUGUACUGCAGUAUUCGGUCACUUUCCUGGUCAAUGUAAUCUUGGCCUUCACAAAAUCCUACAAGCUCUCACUGGUCAUCCUUUCAACUAUACCUCUUAUUGCUAUCAUCACCGCUGUCAUUUCUAGUCGGGUUGCACCCUUUGUUGCUUUGCAAAAUACCCUCGAAGCCGCUCUGUCAGGCGAGUUGACCCGGGUACUUCGAACUAUCACUCUUGUCAAGGCUUUCAAUGCACAACCACUUGAGCUUUUGAACCUGAAUCGCCUUGCGCGUCGACUUUCCCAGAAUUACGAUCAUAUUGUUUUGCUUUUUGCCCUCCGGCUCGGCACCACUCACUCUUUGGCACUGCUGAUGUUUGUACAAGGCUUUGGGUUUGGCUCACAUUUAAUUCUCACCGGACAAGUCACACCUGGUGACGUCAACACAGUCUUUUGGUCAUCCUUAAUAGCUAGCUCACAUAUGCAGAUGGCCAUUCCUUUGCUCGGUCAACUCGAGCGUACAAGACCUGCUAUACUCGAUCUUCUCAGCUCGCGUAUCUUUUCUUACACGAACAAUCCGGUUCUUCCUCCCUUUCGCCCACUCCGUAAGCGAAUUCCCACGAAUUUCCAGGGCCAACUCGAAUUCGAGAACGUUCACUUCGCCUACCCGAAUAGCUCUGAGACCGACUCUCACGAUACAACGACAUCUCAGAUUGUUGCUCCUAUACCAAUCCUCAAAGGUGUUUCAAUGUUUUUUCCAGCUGGUGACCUCACUUUUGUUUUGGGGGAAUCCGGAAGCGGGAAGUCGACCGUAGCCGUCCUCGCGCUUGGGCUUUACUCACCUGAUGUGGGAUCAGUGACCGCUGACGAGCUUGGGCCGAUUAGCGGACUCGAUCCGGACUGGGUGCGUACCGAGUGUUUCUUUCUCGGCUCAUUUGCGGCUCAAUUCCUCUUACCGGGCACGAUUCACGAGAACAUCGCCUUGGGGGCUUGUCCGCGGAGACCAGCCUCGUCUGUGUCCAGAGAUGAGGUCACCAGUGCGGCAAAAUUUGCACUCCUACAUGAGUUUGUCUCUGGACUUCCGAAUGGCUAUGAUACCAUCGUAGCUGGUCACGACAGUCGUCUCUCGGGCUUGGUAGCCGGGCAAGAUGAACGCUUAGGGCUGGCUCGAGCUUAUAUCCGGGAUCCUACUGUCUUGAUUUUAGAUGAGCCUGUUUCUGCGCUCGAUCUUGUCUCUCAAUCACUUUUAGCAGCUGCAAUCCGACAAUGGCGGCAUUCAAAAACAACUAUCUGGAUCACACACGACCUCAGUCCCAUUGAACCCGACGACUUCGUUUAUCUGCUCGAUUCUGGUCACGUGAUUGAGGCUGAUUAUCUCGCAGGACUCAGAGAUCGACUUGCUUCUCGAGGAACCCAUGUAAAUCACUCUCUUGCCCGUCUGAUCGGAAACACUACCGCCGCUCUUCCCGCACAAAUGACAAACACGAUAGGAAAGUCACAAGACAAAGAGGUUCAGACAGAGGAAGAAUACAGAGAGAUCGCCAUGGCACUUCUACGUGUUGGUCAAUUGGCUAGUGAGCGUCGCGGCCCGGGACGAGAGCGUCGGAUCUGGGCAGAUACGGAGAAAGGUGACAAGGAUUUGGAAAACGACAAGCGAAAGUCAUGGUGGGUGCGGCUAUCAUGCGGGAUAGCGGUGAGUAUAGUAGCUGGUGUGUUGACGCCAGUAUUCUCAGCGCUACUCGGUCAGUUAUUGGCCCGGUUGGCCGACCCUCCGGACGGCUACAUUAAACGACAAUCGAUUCUUAUUGCCGUUGUCGCUGUCGUUGACGGUCUUUUCUCAGCUCUUAGGAUUUGGCUGAUGGAAGGCGUGGGUACCGUCUGGCUGGAAGACAUGCGGGGUCGAGGCUUGAGGCGAGUGGUCUUGAAGGAUUUGACUUGGUUUGCAUCACCUCGAAACGAGUCUAGUAAACUCGUGAAUAGAUUCAUCAAGGAUGGCGUUGAAGCUCGAGAACUAGUUUCUCAGAUACUUGCUGAUCUCUUGACUAUUGUUACGUUGCUCGUGGUAGCAUUUGGCUGGGCGAUAGUAGUGGGUUGGGAACUUACAUUGGUUGGAUUGUCAUUGGCGCCGAUAUUUUUUGUGGUGAUUGGAGGGGGCGGAAAGAUCUUGGGGCGCCUAGAGCUUGAGAACAAGAGAUGGCGCGAGUCAGUGGCCAUGGAGUUCUACCUUACGAUGAAUCAAAUGAAAGCUAUCAGAGUUUUGUCAAUUGACAGCGUGAUGAAAGAACGAUUUCAUCGUUCGGUUUUGGGCUCGAAAGCAGCAUUCAUCCGAGCCAGUCCCUUUGGUGGUAUUCCCUACGGAUUGAAUACCGCGCUGGCCUAUUCUGCUGAAGCUUUGAUGUUUUAUGUGGGAUCGCAGUGGGUCGUAGAAGGAAAAUAUUCGUUCGAAAAGAUGACUCAGGUAUUUUCCUUGAUCAUUUUUUCGGUCACAUUUGCUGGGCAGAUGAUCAGCUAUGUCCCAUCGAUAUCUAGAUCUGCUAGAGCCUUCAUCGACCUUCUGGCGAUCUUAGAAAUGUCGGUCGAGUCUAAAGAGUUGAAAGGAGACAUCCAGCUUAAUCGGGUCAAAGGCUCUAUCCAAUUCGAUCACGUCUUUUUUUCUUAUCCAUUACCAGAUCUUCAAGCUGAGAAGGAGGAAGAUCAGGAAGAGAAAAACAGAAAACUACAUAAAGUCGAUCUCAGACCAGGAUCAGUCCCCGUUCUACGCUCGGUAUCCUUCUCUAUUCAUCCCGGGGAAUGUGUAGGGAUCGUAGGACCAUCUGGAAGCGGAAAAUCCACAAUAGCAGGCCUGAUACAACGAUUCUACGAGCCCGAUGAAGGUAAGAUAAUGGUCGACGGGUAUCCACUCAAUGAGCUCGACGUACAUCGACUUCGAGAGGUGAUUGGAGUUGUCGGUCAACACCCAAUGCUUUCCAAUGAGGGAACCAUUCUCGAGAAUGUAUGUUAUGGACACAGCUCAACGGGAGAGGUUGCGGCAGAAAGGGCGGCAUGGGCUGCGCUUGAAGAUGUCAACCUGGCUGGGCUCGUACGUGCAAGACCAGAAGGUCUCCAUUCUAGGUUAGGACAGCUUUCUAGUGGGGAAUCAGAGCGUAUGGCCAUCGCUCGAAUGCUUGUGAGCCGCGAAAGCCGAGCGAUUGUGGUUCUGGACGAACCGACCGCGGCACUCGACUUGCUCAACCAGCGUAUCAUUCUCAAGACCAUCAUGCGAUUGAAGGCCGAGGGGAAGACAGUGGUUUUAAUCACUCAUCAAAUGAGUGUCAUGAGAGCAUGUGAUCGUCUAGUGGUUCUUCAGGCUGGACAGGUGAUUGAAACAGGUUCGGUGGAUGGACUUAUGAGGGAUCGACCGACUGGGAUUUUUGCUACACUUGCGCGAGGUGGUGAAUGGGGUGGCGGAUAAAAGAGUACAAGGACAAGCGCUAUCAGAUAUCUGAUGUUAUCUGGCCGAGCCGAUCUUCAAUCUAGACUCUCUCAACGCCGCCGACUCUUUUGCGGUAACAUGGAAUUAUAUACCAACCUCACCCGCAAAAUUCCCAAAUACGUCGAAUCGAGCUGCAGUUUAUGGACAGCAGUUCUCAGUUAGUUGUUUACCGAAUCACACCGGUGUCGAAUAAUCUUCGCAACUUUGUUUCGACACGUCAAAAGUUUGAUUUUUUUUUUGAGAAUGCUUUUAUUUUUUCACCUCUAUGUCUCCUGCGUGGACCAAUAUACACAUGGUGAUAUCUUGCAUUUUCAAUUGUUUCUUUUUUCAAGACUGUUCGUUAUAAUUCAUUACCACCACCAUUUGUGAAAACUAAUGUCUCGUUUAAUGUUGUAAAAAUUUAUUCUUUGCAUUUCUGGUCCUUAUGAUUGUGUAUGAUCACGGUGUCCUUAUGUAUAAUCAGACGUAUUGCACAUGUGGAUGUCCUAUUUGAGAAGGCGCUUAUUUGUACCAUUUUCUUGGGUCUAUGCUCUACUGGUGCAAUCUAAAAAAUGUGAUUUUGCAAUCU